UCUAGUAUUGGCAUGUCGGCCGCUGUUGGUCGUGACUUCGUGAUCCUCCUCAGGGCGGCUCGCACCCUCAAGUUACAUAGCAUCCUUAUUCCCUUCUGACGUAUGGCAGGCGCUAAAAUUUUCCUAUAAGACCAACCAACCCCGCUUUCCGAAAUCUGUCUCUUCUAAGCCCCGUGCGUAGCCGGUCACCAUCCAACUUUCCAAUGGUUCAAAUCACUCCACUCCUUCAAGUUCUUGUUGCUGCCGCGCAAGCCGCUCCUCUCGCACGCGAUGUUUCUCCCAAUGCCCUUGCUAUCCGGCAGGAUAGCACGAGCGAGCUUCCCUCUCAAUGCCAAAGCAUCUGCCAAGUCGUCGACACAAUCACUACCUGCAGCACCACUGUGUCUUGCAUCUGCGCGUCGGCUAUCGGACCCGAGCUUCAAUCAUGCUUGGUUUGCGUCGUUGCGGCUGAACCAUCAACCCAGACAGAAGCUCAGUCCGCCCUCGACAGCUGGAACGAAGCUUGCGGUGGAUCUCUCACUCUUACUAGCGGAAACUCGACAGUGACUGCAAGCGGAAGCUCGACAGUGACUACAGGCGGAAGCUCGACAACUAGCGCUAGCAGCACCACCUCCACUAAGACCACUAGUACUAGCAGCAGCGGCAGCAGCCCUCUCGUCGGCGGCGGUGUUGUUGGCAUGAAAGCAGCUACCGGGGCCUUCAGCCUGGCUGUUGCCAUUGUUUGCGGUAUUCUCAUCCUCUGAGCAUAAGUGCCGACUUGUGAUCUUUUAGGGCCGUUUUUCUGGACAUCAUCAUAUCAACACUUGUUUGCGUAACAAGAUAUCGUUCA